UUCCAUGCUUGAUCAUCUGGCCAGACGUGACGAGGAUGUCUACGAAGGUGUGGCCAAUGAGGAGAGAUCGCUCGAGUUCCUUGCCACCCACAGGGGGGUGCCUUACGAUUCACGAUCGAUGUCGAAGGUGACCAAUUACGACAGAAGAUACGAUCACCAGUUCGCCGCGCGAGAGUAUACGGAGACAACGUUAACGGAAUCGGUGAACAGGCUUCAGGAUUACAACAGCAGUAGCAACAGCAGCAGCGCGAACAGUCUCGAUGGUCUCUGCCAGGGACAUCAACGAAUAGUCAGCGAUUUGAAUCGCGGCAACGAAUCGAGCACGCGCGAUCAUUACAUGGUGCCCACUCGCGAUCCCAGGGAACUCAAUGAAAGAAUCUUGUCGCUGUUCAAUCCACAGUUCCUGCCGAACUUUAACGACAUGAUGAUGUACGUGGGGAAUCAGUACGACGCCAGACGAAGCCCACCGCCCAGAUCACGAUCGAUGGCCGACGGAGAGAGUCGUUUGUUCAGGAGCUCGAGUUGUCGAAAGAAACGCGUCGGUGCGAGCUCAAUGUUCUUCCGCCGUGGAUUGACGUACGAAACGGCGCGCAAGUGACGCAAGUUGUCUCCUUUCGGAUUCAAGCGAAGAAUACAGAGUUGGAUAACCCGUGAUGAAACGUAAGACGACUCUCGGAGAACAUCGUCGAUUGAUCGAGAAAAAAAAGAUUUCGAUCGGAAGGAGAAACGCGUUCCGAAAGACCGAGCGGAUUAGCUUCGGAACGGUUUAACUAGUUCUCUUCCUCCACGAUCGCUCUUGCGUUUCCUAUUGCAACUAUCCUUCGUGAUCGCGAAAACAUCUUGAUCCGUAUGCUUUCUUGUACGGAGAACGAGUCUACGAAAGAAGACCACGAUGUUAUAUGCAUACUUAGUGUCGCCGUUACCUGAGAUACCUCGAGAACGUGUACUCGAGAUAUGUACGUAUUUCUUUUUUGUCGUCGUUCAUGAUCGUGUACAGACCGACCGUGUACGUUGCAAGACCACUUCCGGUGUCACGUGUCAUAUCGUCUGAGAUGUAUCGCGAGAACAGAGACACGCGGACUUUGAAAAUAUUUUUUUAAGGUAUAUCACUUCAGGCUCUUUCCGAUGUCUUUAAGCGCGGCAUCGUGUAUCGGACGCUCCAACCACACCUUGAGCUAAUUUUUGUACGGAAUUCGAUCGAUUUUCGAAUUCUUCCUUUCCGUUUCUCACCAGUACGGCAAUGGAAGGAUAUGGGAAAUGAAAGGCCACACAAAAAGGAAUAUAACCAUGCAACAACGACGAUGGGACAAAGGAUCGACUCGUAGCUGUGUAAUGUGAUACGAUCAGAGGAGAGACUGUGUUCGUAGCAGUGGCCUGCUUAGGUGCUUAGAACCUAAGAACGGUGAUUUAAGGACGAAGACGAAGCGUUCAACACUUGGAUCCUCGUUUCUCAAACUACCUUCUGCGAACUUUGGCCCCCAUGGCCCCUUGACCGUUGACAAGCAACCAAGAAAAUCCCAGUAGACAAAAACUCGCCAAAAAAGACAAGCUACUCGUUUUACAAGAAGAAAAAGUUGCUUGCUGCGCAAUGUCUAUCAGAUUCACUUUGUUCACGAUCCUCGAGACAAAGUUGGACAUAGUUCCAACAGUUGAGACGUAGAGAGAGAAAAUAUUCAAAGGGACAACCAGAAAGAGUGAAAGUUUGAGAAACGUGGUCCCAUGGAACGACGUUCCAAGCAUUCGCACGAGACGAGGCGUGCCUUCCGUAUAUUAAUUGUUGGCAAAUUUCUGAUUUAUAAAACAGGAACGGGAGAAUGCGGCCGGUAUAGAUUCGGGCAAGUGCCUCAUUUAUGCGUUUCGUUUAAAAAUAAAUAUUCGAUAGUGGAAGAGGACAAUGAUAAGUUGGUGAAGAUGAAAAGAGAGAGAAAGAGAGAGCGAGCGCGCGAGAGCGAAAGAGAGAGAGAGAAAGAGAGAGAGAGACUUAUGUAAGACUUAUUCAAAGUAUUGUUGUGCACUUAUUGCCGUGCUGUGAGUAUAUUGGUUAUUAGCAAGAGAGAAUCGUGGUGUUGAAGCACGUGUACGGUUAUUAAAAUGAAAAGUAAUAAGGAAGAAACAUUUACCGCGUUGUGGCGCCUUCGAGAAGUUAUGUAUUUUUGGCUGGGACGUGUUACGAAUCAAUUUAUCACUGUUAACGGUGUUCCGGGCGAGGUGUGGAGGUGUAUCUUUUUCUUUUCUUUAUUUUUAUUCUAUAAGAUAAACGAAGUGAUACUACGUUGCGAAUGAAUCGCUCGAAUCCGAUUAUCGAUGACUUCAUUUGACUGCAGGAUACCUCCGUGAGGUCAAGACGGUUUUAAGUUUUAUAAAUGUGGAAAUGAAAGAUAGAACUUUCGAUACCCAAACUGCUAAUAGUUUUUAUACGUUUUAGAAAAAAUACACAGGAAUAUUUAUAGCGUAAGUAGAAAAAAGUAAUACGAAAGUUUCUAUCUUCCUUUAUCGGUAAUUUCAUCGCACAGAUAUUUCAGAAUUUUCAUUUGAAUUUCUUCUAAAUUCGGUAUCCUUCUUCCAUAUUAGUAUAAUUAAGAAAGGUAUUUAGAGAAAGGAAACCGUCUUAAAAAGGAGAUCGUUUUUCAACUUAUUUUAAUUGUGUAUAUACGUACUACUAUGCUACGCUACGCUAUACUGUACCCUAAUCAAAUUUAAAGCAGAGCAAAGUACAUCUUCGUAGAAAAGACGAUCAAAUAAUGAAAUGUUCAAGAUAUAAAAAUUCGGAUAAUAAAGAUUCUAUCGUGCGGUAUAUAGAGAUAUAGUUUUAAAUGAAUUUAAUCGUUUCUCCGAACGAUCUGAUUUUGUGGAAAAAUGUUGCAAGAAGCUAGAAACUGGAGGAAAAGUUCCGGUGAAUUCCUUUCGCCAAGAUCAAUCAGUAUAUAAUAUAAUAAAAUCAAUGAAGAGGAGGACGCGACAAAGGUUCAGAUAAACGCAUUCGCGCGAUUCGCUUCAGCUGGUAUGUAUUCCUUAGAGCCGAUACUGCGUGUUAUCCGACACCUUAGCGAAAACUUGGUAGCGUGUACGAUAGUUCUCUACGACAAAGUAUCCUCGAAUAAAGCUCGGGAGGAGAGGAAACUUGAAAAAAGAAGGGGAGUCUUGGCGUGUUUGGCAAGAUGUCUUUGACAAUGGCGUAAAUCGGUCUUACUAGCGCACAAUAGCGAACACUGGGCAUAUUUCCUUUACAGCUUAAGGGCGGAUAGAGCGCCUGUAACAAACUGCGGCUAACGUUUGUCCCAGAUAUCGAGUAAGAUGGAAAAAGAACAAAGGAGGAAUCUGAAUAUAGAAAGUCAAGAAAGGUGACCGUGAUAUCGCAAAAAUAGAACGAUUCGAUUUUCUAGUUCUGCGUGAAAUUAACGUCUCGGUAUAGAGAGAUGGAACGAUUGCGAAAAUUAGCUUUAGCCGUGCUUUUAGACGCUAGGAAAAGCGAAUAUUCGAGAUGUUUCAGGAACUCAUGGACUUUUAGAACGGUUGGAAAAUCGUUAGAAACCAUCGUCUUUCGUUUGACAGAUGUUGUUAAGAGGAUACAUGUACCCUCUGCUCUUUUCAUCGUCGAUUCUAAUAUCAAUGGGCAAACGUCCGGCUGCUCUCAUGAACCAACACUGCCACGCCGAUUCUGAUAUGCUUCGAACAGUAAAGGAAACGGUAAGACGAGUUCUAAGUAGAUACAUCGAUUUUCACUGAUUGUCACUGAGCGUUACCAAUAAUAGCACGGAAAAGAAGAAAUAAUAAACGAUCGAUUCGAAUAAUGAGGAAGCUUGAUGCAAACACACAUGCUAGAUAGAGAUUAUAACAUACGCGUAUUGAAACGGCCAUUAAUAGAGAGACACGGUCUGAAUACAAUGAAGGAGCAACGUAGAGAAUGGUCUGAAGUUGCGUGCUGGAAGAAAGAAGAAAGUCGUGUACAUAAUAAGUAGAAAUUGUUUUUUAUCGUUGAAAUCAUUUAGAAGCAAGGUCGAGAACAUUCAUUCGCUACGCUACUCGUCACGCGGACAGCAGUGGUACGCAUUAAUAUUGUUUACGUAUACAUGUAUACGCGUGUGCUGCAUGAAUCUUUGAUACAUGUAUAUGUAAACAUCGCAUUUCCAUUAUUGCAUAUUGUCUAUAUAUAUACGCACACAUAUACAUAUAUACAUACAUAUACCAUUGUAUACAUAUAUGUGUGUAUGUGUGUGUGUACAUGUAUAUGUAUAUACACGUAUAUACAAAAAAUAUAUAUAUAUAUUCAUAUAUUUUUUUUUUAAUCCGCAUAGAUAAAAUAUAAUAUACGAAUGAGAAAAAAAGUCGCGUUAAAUGAAAAAGGCAGCUAAUUACACACUUUUUUCGACGGUCUUUAUGAAAGUCCGCGAUCUUUUUUAAUUAAAAUUCCGCCGAGCACCCACGAUGAUCUCGUUAAUGUUCGACUUCGCGAAGAACGACUAACAACUGAGUGUUCGGCAAAAAAAAUAUUUUACGAAAUAUGAUGUUUAUAUUAUACAGAAAAAAAAAAAACACAUCCAACUUAGGUACCUUGUGUCGAGAUGAGAAAUUAUAUAUAUAUAUAAAAUUGAAAGUUAUAUAUGUAUAUAAUUUUUAUAUAAGUCAUAUUGGCGGAUUGUUAUAUGCUAUAAUAUUUCUAAAUUAGAGGAAUCGAGGAGGCAUAUAAAUAUAUAUAUAUACAUAUGUAUAUAGAUAUAUAUAUAUUCAUAUGUAUAUAUAUAUGUAUAAAAUAUUAUGGAUGUACAUGUAUACAAAGCGUUUUAUUAGAGUUUACGUGAUUAGUUAUUGUAAGGACGAUUGUACAUAUUAUUACUCCGUUUAAAAUUGACUUGAUCGCGCUAAACUUAGAACGAGAUUUACCCUGUUAGGGGAACACUAGAUUUUGCUCGAUCAUGUUUUCCUACUCGUUUUUCUUUUACUUUUAUUGUUUCUCUCAUUUAAUUUUUAAGACAGAAACGCUUGCACGCUAGCCCUAUUUCCGAGCAUGUGCAUUUCAUCGUUUAUACAUUAUAUUCGAGUUCACUUUGAAUCGAGAGAUCGUAACGAUAAGAUUAUUUUUUACGUCGAGGAAAAAGAAGAUGAAACUGAUCAUAAAAACGCGCCAAGAGUCACGUGUGACGCGAAAAUGAUAUUUGUACGAUUUAUUACGUACAGUUUUAUAGAAUCGCUGUUUUUAACAUAAAACAAUUUAAUUUGACGAAAAUGAAACUAUCGAUGUAGAAAUAUAUUCGAAGAAAUUUACACACGAAUUUUCACGCUGAAACAAAAACGAGAUUGUGACAUAAAAACUCGAAGACUCUUACACGGAAGAACGUACAAGUCGAUUCGUUACAAACAUUGCUUACAUACGGUUACAUAUACGAUUGUCACUUUCUAUUAUCUACGUUUCAAAAAUUUAGCUAACCAACGUUUCCCUUUGUCAUGAAUUAACAAUCAGCACACACAGUGACAAACAUUUCAAUAUUGACUCAACGAAAAAUCGAAUUCACAAGGCAGAAACCGAUUCUCGUACGACGUUAACCCAAUGCUAAUCUUCCGCGCGGUUUGCGCCAGGGAUCGAGGGAAGAAAUCCAUUUUGCGGGUGGCAAACGAAUUCGUAAGGGGAGAGUCGACCGUUUUACUCAGAAAAUCGGUCUUGCCAUAGUUGGAAAGUUUCGAAGGAUUCCGCGAUAUCUCGCGCAAUGGGUCAAGUAUUCAAACGAUUCGAAUAAUUUGGACGUAUUCGAGUUAUUCCAGUAAACCGGGAACGUUUUCUCUCUGCAUAGUUCUUAGACGCUCCCACAAUUCUUUCCCUCCCCGUACAUUUGAAAGUCGAAUCGACGCGACGUUCAUCCGGUGGAAGAAAUCUUCACUGAAAAUUUACCGACGCAUAUUGUUAAGCCGAAAACACGUCACGCGCUAGCGCUAGGUUAGAACGUAAUAACGAUCGCAUUAAUUAGGUAAAGUAAAUACAACAUUCCAAGUAGAAGCCAGGACUGCCAAUCGAUUGAUAAGCAGCAAACGAACUUCCGAAGAAGUAUCCACGUCCGAUAACUUUGAGCUUGACAUAUGUUACCACGAUCACCUUUCUGAUUAACCUUCAAAAGUUUAGAGUCGCCGAUCGUUGUUUAUUAAAAGCAUAUUAACAAAGAAAUAUUAAAGAACGUACCGUAAUUUUCCCAGAAAUCUAAACUUUGCCAUACCAAGUACGGAAAUAUUUGUCGCAUUUCCGCGUAUAAACAAACGCGAAUAAUAUAAAUAUAUCAAGUUUGUAUCCACGACGUGUCUUGUCCAACGUUCAGAAAAUGCGGAGUUAGGUUAGGUUAGACCCUAGUUUCUUUUGCGGUGGAUUUCAAUACUAACAUAAAUAACUAAUACGAAAGCAAUUGGUGCGAAAAAGUUCAAAUUUCUGAGAAAAUUACGGUAGGUUUUUCAAUUUUUCUUCGUUAAUAGUUUUUUAAUAACCAAUGAUCGGUGGCUUAAACCUGUGCAAGGUUACUCAGGAGAGUGAGCUUGAUAUCGUGUGUCAAGGUUAAGGUCAUCGGAUGUGGAUUUUUCCGGAGAUUAAUCAAUGAAAACUAGCAACGAUUGGCGACUUUAGAAUCAUGUCAGUUUGAGUCAGACGUCUAUCAUGUUCUGCGUUUAUUAUAGAAAGUUCGAUAAUUGUUAACUCCUCGUAAAGCCGGACAAGUUCUAUGAUUCGCUCGUUAAUGAUCGCCUGUUCCUUUACAAAGUAUUCUUGUAGAUUCGAAUAACGUGCGUGAAAGUAGCAUUCCUUUAUUUUUUAUAUCGCGUAGCCUCGUUCCGUAUGUUGUAACGAUCCCCUUUCCUUUUGAUAUUACACAAUGGCUUGAAUAAAAAUAUCCUAAAAAUAAAUGACGAAGAUGAUCGUUGGAAGAACGAUCCAUUGGGAGUCUAGGAAGGUCGUAUCGAUAUUAUGCCUUGCAAUUAAUUCAAACUACUAAACGUGCAGUAAGCUUUAGAACAAGUAAUAAAGAUUAAUUUAAAAGGCACUUUUGUACGAACGUAAAUCAUAUUUCUUGAAUAUCUUCGAUAUUAUUCAGAGAAGUUACGAAUGAUAUAUCGAAAAUCGACUGAAUCGAUGAAUUUCUCGGAUAAUCCGACAUUUAUGUUCCCGCAAGCUUUCUCCGAUCUCCGAUAAUCCUAUGUCAUCAAAAUUAUAUAAUUCAUCUUUAAUUCGUCAUUAAAAGAAACGAAAAGAUAUACGUAAUUCUUAAAAGCUUAAAUCUUAAGUCAAAACGUAGGCUUGUCAGGCUUUACAACUGAUAUUUGCAAUUAUGAUAAUCCGCUUGAAAUGUUUUAUCAAAAUGAUUGGUCAAAUUCGAUAAACGAGGUAAUUAUUGGUUAAAAAUAUUAGUUGAUAUGUCUUCGUAAUUACGUGGAUCAGUUAAACUCUCUGUAAUCUAUUCUUUGUAACGUUCAUUUUGUAACAUCGUCAACAUUGGCAGAUAUCUGUCGUAGAACUAUUAUCACGACAAACAUAUACCCAUUAAGCUAUCCAUUUGGACAACAAUAAUUCACUGACACGUCAUUUUUAAUAGUUACAAAUGAAAUAUUCUGUUUCAUCGAUUAUUGUAACAAUAAAAACUCGCGCUUAGUUGUUUCGUUCGGACUUUAGAAAUUACUAACACGUACACGAUAAAUGCAUAGACCUUGGUUAACUUCAUAUCAUAAAUAUAUAUAGAGGACGAUGCUUGAUAAGUGAACCGUUUGUACUAGAAACUAUCUAAUCUUACCACAAUCUGCUGUAUUUUAUAAUUAAUCACAUAGAACGUUGGAGAUCGGUGCCGGGAAACACCGAUCAGUUGAUUUUACCACAUGCAUGGAAUGCUGACGCCGUUUUAUUUUAUUUAGUUUUACGUUCUGUAAAAAAUAUUAAUCAAACGAUUGUAUCUUUGCAAAAGACUCGUAAAUAAACCAAAAUGCUACCGCUCGAAUAUAAUUUCGAAAAUAAUCGUAUCGUAUAGUACAAACGUAUCUGCCCAACUAUAGAAAAUAGCAGUAACUGCAAAAAAAGUAUAGAAGAUGUUUCUUUGGCCCGAAAAAAAAAUAGUAAAAUAUAAUAUUUUGCUAAAGAUGUCAGUAACAUAACUUACUACCUUUAAACGAAACAUAGCAAGUGUAGUAAGCUGUAGGAGUUGGGCAGAGAUAUUCUCAUUGGAUAAAAUUGAAUGAAACAAAAAGAAUUGUUCGAAUAGAAAAUCGAUAGGAAAUGUUACAGUAGAAUGGAAAAAUCUUUAAUGUAUACGUCACGAUUAUUUCGCUAUGAUAAGAUACGAGAGCAUGACGAAUGAGUAGCUAAGUACACGGGUGUACGCUAUGCGUCGAAACGAUGGAUGGCAGUCCAGGCACACAUGUUUGCUGUGCCAAUGCAAUGCGUUUUCUGUACAUAGUAUCGUAGCCCUAAUUAAUAUUAGUUAGAGUGUAGCUGGAAUCACGUUGACGUAGACGAUGGCAUAUACGUAGAAGUAAUCGAUAAAGGCACAUAAAACGAGUCAUCCAACCGCGCCGUUCUUCAGCUAUACUAUGCAAACAUCGCUGAUAUCGUUCUCUACCGGUUUACAAAACCAUCGAGAACUUUUCGUUCGCGCGUUCACUGUAGAAUGAAAGCGGAGAAAAGUUGCCAGUGACGUUAAAAUUACGGUCACUUUGAAUUCUGAAAGCAAUAGGCGAUUCUUUGAGUAUUAGUACCGAUAGUUUAAAUAUUUGAAUAGUUUAGAUCAGAUAAUGCGAUUAUUCAUUCUCAUCACGUGUAAUACCUUUAAAAUGUAGGCGUUUCAUUUAGCGCGUUGCAUUUAUUAUUUAUUUAAGUCAUUGUCCAAGUGUCGAUAAGGAACGUUAAUAAAACAGUCGACGCGUGAACGAACCAUUAAGAACGGUUGGUUACUCAAAGUACGUCUGUUGUUGCGCCCGGAAACAAUGAUCUACAUUUAAUCCUUUAUUUGAUAAAUGGAAAAAUUCGAACAGCGUUACAUACGUACGUAUAGUACAUACAACGAUACGACGAAAUAAAACAACCAGAAAGAUAUAUAGGUGUAAGAAGACCGCUGCUUAAAAGUGACAUGAUCAGAUAAAGGGUUAACGUUGUACGUCAUCCAAACACGCGUGCAAGUUGUAUGCAUAUGGAACGGCAUAUGAAAUUUCUGAUUUGUACAAUACUCAUUUCAUUUGGAAAAAUCAUAAGUAUUACGUAUAUGUAUAUACGUAUAGGAAUGAUAAUAACGGCUCCUUUGACAUAUUACCAUUAGUAUUAUUUACUACCGUUUAAUGCUACUGUUUUCUUUUCUUUUUUUUUUUUUUUUUAUUAAGUUUUAUCCAUGAACGACAGAAAUGAUUUUACCAUAUCGUUUUGAGAGUACAUUGCCUUGUAAAAUGAUGCGUUGACCUAUACUGUCCGCGAUUCAAUGGCGACCAACAGCUCCAUUUUUCUCUAAGUUACACCUCGAGACUUGUACGAUAUAAGUAAUUCAUUAGAUGUUAGAGAUGCAUUAUUGGUACUGGUAAUAAUAAAAAUCACACCCCUCGAAAGUCAUAAAGGGAUUGUAUUCGCUUAUUUUGAAAAGAGAUCUGCAUCUUUUUUCUAUUUUCUUUAUAAUUCUUUUAUAGUUAGCGAAUAAAUACACGUGUACCUAUCGUUUAGAUUUUCCCUUCGUUUCGUUUCGAAUUACAGAAAGAUAUAUAAGAAAACGAAUGUAAUCGAGAUCGACCGACAAAAUGGGAAUCGAUUGAAAGUUCAAUGAAACAAACUGCCACGCACGGGCAAUAAACUUCUAAAUUACGAUGUAACGUUUAACAUUAUAAGCUGUUCAACGAUCAAUUUUGUAUAUCUCGCCAGCUUGUGACGAAAGCACAGGUCAUAUUAUGAAAAAUGAAGAAAAAAUCGUCUUUCGACUGGUUUGCUCGUUAUACGGUAACUACGAUCUUGUAUAACGAGAUAGCGAGAAAAUACAAAGGGAAAAGCGAUCGAAACAAGAGGAAAGAAAAGAAACGAAACGUUUGACAGAAAAAGAAAUGAUUCGAGAAGUAAUAUAAUAUUCGUCAUGAUUAGUUUUCAUCGAGGCGGAAGUGCUAGAACCUAAAAUCGUCUAACACUUCGCACAAGACUGAGGAGCUUGUAUAUAAUUACAUACACAUUUAAUGCGGUACAUUUGAUAUAAAAAAAAGAAGAAAAACGAGGCGUUUACCUUUUGGGAAGUUCAGUUUAUUAUCAUAACAUAAUAAUUGUAACAGCAUAAAAACGUUGUAUGAUUGUACAUACGAAACAAGGUCCUACUAUCGCCAAUAUACAUACAUACACACAUACAUACAUACAUGGUUACUACCGUUGUCACAGCGUCUCCGGUUUGCGGUGUUUACUCAUUUUUCCAAGUUUUUCUAAAAAAAAAAACAGAAAGCGAGAAAGAAACCUCGCGACCGCGAAAUCGAAAGAAACAGAGAUUUCCUAUUUUUCAGCAAAGGCCCGAGUACAUACAUCGAGAAUGAGAAUACUGCGCGUCGAGUGCAACGCAAACACGCCCGAUCCAGUGGACCAAACAAAUUACAUCGCUUGAAUUCACCGUUUUCACCCGUUUCAUGCUUCUGCCCGUCUGUCUACUCUUCUUUAGCGUUCGACAGGAAGAAAUUUAAGGAUAGGGAAUCGAUAGGUCCGAUUUCAUGAUAAUAACAAAUUAACCUCGAGGCUAUAAUUCUAUCCAGCAGACGCUAGAUGAAUCACUCGCUAAUCUAUCGCGUAAUCGCCUAUCACCAAUAGCAGCAACAACAAGAAAACAAUUGAUAAAGGGGAAAAAAGAGAAGCGCAUAUCGUUAUCUGGAAACAGUAAGAAACCUGUCCUUUUUUCACGGUAAUAUUUAUAAAAUCGUUCGACAUUAAUCGUUGCUCGAAGCCAAACAUCUCGUAGAGAAAAGAAAAACGCUGUGUCCCCGACGCGAAGGAAAUGCCAUCGUGAUACAUCUAGCAAUGACCUAGCGGGUAUAUCGACGAUGGAUUUUUAUCGAGUGUCCGUGAUAUCUACUGUAAACGGUAGUAAACGAAUUAAUGCGAAUAAAGAAUACCGCAAGAGAUCCGCUUAUGAGUUACAUUUACAUUUACAAUCCAGAUAUCCAGUACGAUAAAGUUAAAUAGAAUUAAGAUGAAUGUCACAAGUAAUGUAAACUCUGAAAAUAAUGAGAUGAAAUAAACGAGACGAUGAUUCAAAUAUAUCAAA